UUAGAUCUGGCAACCCUGGCCCGGCCCGGUAGUGGGCUUCCUCAGCUGUGGUCGCUGGUCGCUGAGGCCCUGUACUACGGCCCACCAGUUCCUCGUUGUAAAGGAAGCUUGUGUGUUGAGUAUGGCAUUACGGGUGCUGAGGUGCGUGUGUGGUGGGCGUGGUGUUGGGGCCAUGGUUACCGUACUCUCGCCCUCCACAAGGCCCACAUUGACGCCUGCGAUCAUAGGCUAUGAGCAAAAACGUUAUGCUAUGCGGUUGGAGCUGACGGAACAUGGUAUAAAAUGGCGUCGACCAGAGUACAUACCAUCAUGGAGACCGGAAAAGUCUGGUGACCUAGAACUACACAAAGACCCAGAUGAGAUGCAGCCUCGUAUCGAGGUUUUGCCUGCCAAAGAUAUGCUUGACCAGGUUGAUGAGGAUACAAGAAAGCUUUUAUCACUGAAAUUUGCUACUCAUGGCGAGUCUAUGAAGAUUAAGCAUUAUGAAAUGUUGCGAAGAGUUCAGCGGCACCAAUUAGACACUAGUUCAAUGGAAGUUAAAAUUGCUGCAUUAACAGUGAAAAUUCAAAAUUUGCAACGAGUAACCUUCAAGUGUAAGAAGAACAUCAUUGAAAGAGUUCGACUGCAAGAAAUGAUAGAUCGUAGGAAGAAGUUGUUGAAAAAUCUGAGAAAAGCAGACUAUAAACGCUUCGAAUGGCUCCUGGAAGAACUAAAUCUCUUAUAUCGGCCUUUCCCAAGAGAGUACAAGUGGAUAACUAGAAAAGAUUCGUUACAAAAGCUUGUCCAAAUGCAUGGAGAAGAAUUGAAAGAGAAACGUCUUGCAGAAUAUCAGGCAGCCCUUGAGCUUCAAAAGGAGCCCUUCUUAAAAGAGAAGGUGGAAACACUGCGUUGGAUUGCCGAGACAGAGACCAGUUUGGGGGUACCAGUCAGUGUUGUUGUUCCAGAAGACCCCACAGUAACACAUGGUUCCAAUUCUGACAUUAAAGAGUAAAAUGGCCAUUAAAUUUGAUUUUAUGUAUUGUUAUUAGUAGAGUUUUACUGAAUGUUGAAAUUUAUUUAACAACCCGUCUCAUACAGAAAGUUAGUAAUGUUGUAGGUAACAUUGUAUAUAAAUUUGAAACUUCUCAUAUUAAUUACUUUACAUACUGCAGUAAUUAUUAAAAAUGUAGCCCUAUGAUGAUAAUAAAUUUGUUAUUUAUA